CUGCGUCACCCCUCACCGGUUGCCUUCUUCAAGCCCGACAUAACCAUCAUGGGUUCGAGUCUCCUCUCCGACAUCGCGCCUCGUCCUCAGGCUCCCCGCACCUCCUUCCUGACAGACGGCGAUGGCCAGGGCCUACCUCUUGCAUUGGAUGACAAAAAAGAGCAACAUGUUCCCCGUACGCCCGCGUCAACCCCCGUGAAUGCAGAUCAUACAAACAGGGUUACUAUAGACUUCGACGUAUACUUCGACGUAGACAUCGAAGUGGGGAAUUCGAAAGUUUGGGAAGGAAAAUAUGAUGCCACCGCCUGGGGCGAGUGUAGUGCUAUUGCUGUCCGCCAGGCUCAGUACAGUUUAGAAAGGAGGCUGGUUUCUGUUUGCCUUGCUGUUUGCCUUACUGUUUGCCUUAUUUUUUUACCACUGUUGGGCGCCGACGGGUUGGCAAUGAGCCUAGUUGUGUAUGCAGGUUUUGCAGGCGAUGGCGAAGGUCUAUAAACACUUAGUCCUCCCAUGACACUCUUGUCUCGCUCUAGUGACCCCCCACCAUUGAAUGUCGCAAAUUCAUCCAAUAUUUGGCUUACGAUAAUGUACGGCCGCGAUGCGCAGAUUCCUGUCCACUCCACACCACUUUCAAGUUGUCGGAACCAGCCAGGUGAUCCUCUGCUGGCUGAACCCGCGCGUGAGACCCGAAAUCCUGAAGUCCUCGUUCAGAUGGAUGUACACAGCUGUCAUGCGGGCGCAGCGGUCGCGUCGGCAGCUUCGUGGUGCUGGGUACCAUAGGUCCUAAUAGCU